AUGAAGGACAGCGCGCGGCGCACUGGACUUUUGUUCUCGCCCUCGAAAAGCCGAACAUGCGCUUUAACCUUUAACCCCCCCCCCGGAGGAGCACCCCCCGGAGACAUGCCUACAUGACGCGUCUUGGGACCGCACGGGCUCCGAGGCGAUGCCCGCCAACUUCUCCUCCUUCCCGGACCCGGAACCCGGGGCUCCCUCCGGCCGGGGCCCGGGCAUCCCCGGGGCCCCGCACGACUGGCCAGCGCUCCUGUUUGGGGUGCUGCUGAUCGUGGUGACGGUGUGUGGGAACGUGCUGGUGUGCGUAAGCGUGCACAUGGAGAAGGCCCUGAAGACCACCACCAACUACUUCAUCGUGAGCCUGGCGGUGGCCGACCUCAUGCUGGCGGUGCUCGUGCUGCCGCUCUUCGUGUACUCCGAGUUCCAGGGGGGGCUGUGGUCCCUGGACAUGGGGGUGUGUGACGGGCUGAUGACGAUGGACGUGUUGCUGUGCACCGCCUCCAUCUUCAACCUCUGCGCCAUCAGCGUCGACAGGUUCAUCGCCGUGUCCGUGCCGCUGAACUACAACCGGCGGCAUGUGGACCAGCGGCAGACGGGGCUGCUGGCCGCCACCUGGCUGCUGGCCCUCGCCGUGGCCUCGCCCGUCAUGUUCGGGGUCAACGACGUGCCGGGCCGCGACCCCAGCGAGUGCAAGCUGGAGAACGACGACUACGUGCUGUACUCCUCCGUCUGCUCCUUCUUCAUCCCCUGCCCCAUCAUGCUGCUGCUGUACUGCGCCAUGUUCCGCGGCCUGCGGCAGUGGGAGGAGGCGCGCCGCCUCAAGCUGAGGAGCAGCAUCCAGGCCUGCAGGAGGCUGCAGGAGGCCGCCGCCACCCUGCCGCCGCUGGCCUCGCUGCCGCCCCCGCUGCCCCCCUUCAUAGAGCGUGACCCCCCCGAGGGCGAGGAGGCGGGUUCGCGCCGGCCCUCCGCCGACCUCCGGGCGGGGCCGGCCGGGACCCUCUCCCAGGUCCGCCUCGCCGCCGACCCCAACAAGAAGAAGAGGGCCAAGAUCAACGGGCGCGAGCGCAAGGCCAUGAGGGUGCUGCCCGUGGUGGUCGGUACCUUCCUGUUCUGCUGGACCCCGUUCUUUGUGGUGCACACCAUGCGAGCCCGCUGCUCCACCUGCUACGUCCCUCCCGGCCUGAUGAGCGUGGUGACGUGGCUGGGCUACGUCAACAGCGCCCUCAACCCCGUCAUCUACACCGUCUUCAACACCGAGUUCAGGAAGUUCUUCAAGAAGUGUUUCCACAGGUGCUGCAUGUAGCCAGGACCAGGUCUAACCAGGGACCAGGUCUGACUCAGGACCAGGUCUGACUCAGGACCAGGUCUGACCAGGGACCAGGUCUGACCAGGACCAGGUCUGACCAGGACCAGGUCUGACCAGGACCAGGUCUGACCAGGACAGGUUUGACCAGGACCAGGUCUGACUCAGGACCAGGUCUGACCAGGGACCAGGUCUGACUCAGGACCAGGUCUGACCAGGGACCAGGUCUGACUAGGGACCAGGUCUGACCAGGACCAGGUCUGACCAGCUCUAUGCAAUACCCGGGUCUGACCAGGGACCUGUAGCGGGUCCAGGGGGACCAGGUCUGUAGCAGAACCUUUCAUAGAACCACAGACAUGACCCGGUCUGCCUGGGUCCGGCUCUUUGUUGGUUCUGGAGGAACCUGAACCCUGGAUCUGCUCAGCCUCCAGGAUCCGCGGAGGAUUAGAAACUCGUUUGUACAAAGUC